AUUAUAAUCUUAAAAAGUAAAUUAAGCAUUUCGGUAAAAUGAAUAACUAUAAGACAAAAUUAAAUUACGAUAGCCCGUGUGAUUCGGACAACGACUGGACUUCUUCAGAUGAUUCCAAAUAUUCUGAUUCCGACAGUUCUGUUCCUGAAUGGGACUCGGAUGUUGGCGAAGAUGGGGAGCUUGUUUACAUUAAAGUUAAAGCCUACAAUGAUGCUGUGGACGAUUCUAAGGCCCCGCUUCUGGAAAACUGUGAAGCAUUUAAAAGAAGAAAUAACUUUAAGAGAACGUCUACAAGACGGUCAACUAAAGGCAGAAUAUUCAGAGUACUAAAAAGUCACAAACCGAAACAGCUGGAUGUAUUUGGGCGAAAGAAAGCAGAUGACCAGGGAGCCGGGGCGCUUUCCGGUAUUCUCAAGAAAACAUCUCUCGAGGAUAACAAGAUUGUUAUACAGGUCAGCAAAAACAUGAUGUUCAACAGCGAUAAGAAUUGUCAAAUAGAAAAAAUGUUUGGCAUCAGUCUAGAAAACUCAAACGGAAAGAAUCUCAUUGUGGCUGACUUCCUUCCCGAAGCCCGGGCUAUAUAUUCUCAGAAAGUAAAAAAAGGAUAUUAUUUGCAAAAAAUAAAUAAUAUUGAUGUUAAUUCGUACAAUAUAAACAGCAUUCUUCAAGUAGUCGCUGAUGAUUAUGAUAAUCCAAAACUUCAGUUCCAAGCAGCCGAAGGGGCCUUAUUUGAUAUAGAAAAGCUUCUUACAACAAAACAAGCUCCGGAGAAUUCUCUUACACAAUUACUGAAAGACUCUAACUGUUCUGUCUUAUACAUAUGCUGUAACGACAUUGAAUACCAUAGCAAUGAUGACAAGGGAGUCCUAUAUUGCUACCCGAGACCAUUUAAUCAAAACUUUCUUUAUAAUACCAGAGGAGCGUAUGUAACUUUAAAUCAUUUAGCUCCAAAAUCACUAGGUACAAGCCAGCCUAUAACUUCUACAGUAUUACAUAACAGUACUUUAAUAAAUAUUGCCUACAUGUCACAUUAUAGUGAUUUAUUAUUAGUCGCAUUUCCGAAUAAAGAAGUUGACUUAUUCGCUGCUAAGCGAGUAAUCAUUCAGAUAACAAGGACUUUGGAAUUUCUUUACGGUUCUUUAAAGACUUGUUUUACUAAACCUAACAAUGUUGAUAAGCUGGAUAGUUUGUUUUCUCGCAUAUUUAUCAGUUUAUUGUUUAGUAAUAUGGAUAAGGAUACGGAUAGGAGUAACGGGUUGUAUUUGGAGGAUGUUUUGGCAGCGCAUUGUAUAACGCUGCCUCUAGAAGUAAGGAUACAAGUGGAUGACGCUAUGACGGAGUUACAAGCGGCAGAUUACAGAGAAUGGACUGACGACAUUGAAAACUUUCAAAGGCUGUACACGGUGAUUGGAACAUGUUUAUAUUACUCUGGACAUCUACUAAGUUCCCACGUACAAGAUGAAGAUUUGUUCGAAAUCAACGCAUUUUUGAAACUCAACGGUAUUUUGAAAUUGAGCGUGGAAAAGGAAUUGGAGAAACUGGUAAUUUGGAAGGAGGUUUAUAUACAUGAACAUCGAAAGCGGAACAAGAAUGAUAGCAAUGAAUAUAGAAUUCCAGAUGGGCGCUGGUUUCUACUAGUGGCCGGAAAGGGACACUUCAUUCUGGCCACGCUGAUGGAGGCUGGAGGAUGUACUGAAGAUGCAAUAGGCAUCACCCCGCCAUCACCAUUCUACGUAGAAGAGUGCGAGAGCUGUAUAGAACUCCUAUACGACGUGGGGCUGGAUAAGUACCUCUCUACGUGGCUACGGUCCAAUACACAACCGCAACUAGAAUGCUCACCAGAGCGCUUGACCAAGCAGGGGAAAAAGAUAAAAGAUAAUAGUGUUUUAUUUUCAGAUCAAAAAUCCGACGGCACUCUAAAGCCCUCAACUCUCAAGCUCCCAAAAGACCGUCGACGUCACAACUCCACGGAGCAGAUAAACGUCUCCAGCGACUCCGUGAACUAUGGCAGCCACCACAGCCUGUACUCCCCGUGGUACAACGGGAAACGCCACGCCAGCAACUUGGACGUCAGCUAUUCUGAGGACACCAACAGUUUGAAGAGCAAUAGUGAAAAGAGCGAAGAACGCAUACAAGGACGAAGGGCCGACCGAGAAAGGAACCGACGGGAUUCCUCGGGCUCUGAUUCUGAUUGGGACAGACAGGAGGGCAGUAGAGCUAGCGGCAGUAUUGAUGCUUCUGACAUUAGGAAAUCCUUGCUCAAUGAAAUUGAUCACGUCACUGUUCAUAGAAUAACGGCUGGCGACGAAAACGUGCUAUUCCAUUUCCUACAGUUAGAGUCCGCUAAGGGCAUCCUAAUAGCUCCAGUGAAAAGUAUAGAGAUACAAGCCAACAAUGCGCUGUACACGCACAUUGUACGGACUUUUCGCUCGGCCAGUAAAAAGAUACAUGAGCUGUUGCAACAUAGUGUGCGCUUCAAAAGAAACUACACGCCUGCGAACCCGAAUAAGGUGCUGGUGGCCGUGAAGGAGUACGCGAUGCUGUUCCGCGCGCCGCGCGCCGCGCUGCACCAGUGCGGGAUCAAGAACGAGCCCUUUCACUUCUGGGUUGUCGGGCGCAUAUUCAGUGAGCCCGAGCCGCGCGAGCUGUACGUCUGCUACCACGAGUCCGUGCCGCAGGAUCUCACCGAAAUAUCAUAUCUACUCUCCUACUUGGAAUAA